ACCAACGAACUUCAAGCUGAGAGAGAAGCUGCUGGUCCGACUCCCCUCAGUUUCUCCGCCCGUCGUCCUUUCUCUCUCUCUCUUUCAUUUAUAAUAAGCUUUCUCUUGUGAAGACUCAUGUAAAUGCUUUCUCUCUCUCUCUCUCUAUUUCUCAUCACAUCUUCCUGAAAAUCAUCGCCUGUUUUCGGAUCAAAUGGCUGCAAUUUUCCAAGGAGUAACCUCUCUCAAAUACUCCACCUCCGUCAAUUCCAAGGCGGCAUUUCUCUACCCAUCUCCUAGAUCCGUCUCAGAAGCCAAACCAUCCUUCUUGGUUGUUAAAUCUGAUGCAAAUUUUAGCUCUGGGUUGAUUAGCAGGACCCGCAAAGCUCAGCUGAAUCUCCCUAAUGCUGUCGCCACGAAAGCUGAUAACAAAACCUCUUCUUCUGCUGCUGCAUCUAAACCAGGGCAUGAACUUUUACUUUUCGAAGCACUUGGUGAAGGACUGGCUGAAGAAAUGGAAAGGGAUCCUAGUGUAUGUGUGAUGGGUGAAGACGUGGGUCACUAUGGUGGAUCAUACAAGGUGACGAAAGGCCUUGCAACUAAAUUUGGGGAUUUAAGGGUUCUGGAUACACCCAUAGCUGAGAAUUCCUUCACCGGGAUGGCCAUUGGAGCGGCUAUGACAGGGCUAAGGCCGGUUAUAGAAGGAAUGAACAUGGGUUUUCUCCUCUUAGCUUUCAACCAGAUAUCCAACAACUGUGGAAUGCUUCAUUACACAUCUGGUGGGCAAUUCAAAAUCCCUGUAGUUAUUCGUGGGCCUGGUGGAGUGGGUCGUCAGCUAGGGGCAGAGCAUUCUCAAAGGCUAGAGUCGUAUUUUCAGUCAAUCCCUGGAAUUCAGAUGGUGGCAUGUUCAACACCUUACAACGCUAAAGGGUUGAUGAAAGCUGCUAUUCGUAGCGAAAACCCUGUUAUACUUUUCGAGCAUGUUUUGCUUUAUAAUCUGAAGGAGAGGAUUCCAGAUGAAGAAUAUGUGCUGAACCUAGAGGAGGCGGAGAUGGUGAGACCGGGUGAGCAUGUAACAAUUCUGACUUAUUCGAGGAUGAGAUAUCAUGUGAUGCAGGCUGCGAAGACAUUGGUGAAUGAAGGGUAUGAUCCUGAGGUGAUUGAUAUUAGGUCUUUGAAACCGUUUGAUCUUCACAUGAUUGGGAAUUCGGUGAAGAAGACACACAGGGUUCUGAUAGUGGAAGAAUGUAUGAGGACCGGUGGUAUUGGGGCUAGUUUGACAGCGGCUAUAACAGAGAAUUUUCACGAUUAUUUGGACGCUCCGAUUAGGUGUUUGUCGUCGCAGGAUGUUCCGACACCUUAUGCUGGGACUUUGGAGGAUGUGACGGUUGUUCAGCCUGCUCAAAUCGUGACUGCAGUCAAGCAGCUCUGCGCCUGAGUGAUCUAAUAAUGAAUUAUGAAAUAAUAAUUUGGAUGUUGUUUUGCUACUUAUUUCAUCAAACUCUAUUCUGAUAUCAUUUUAUCUGUCUUUGUCAUUUGUUGUUCAUGAAGAAGAGUUAGCUUUCAUAUUUUGGCUUCUCCAUAGAUAUCUGUCAUUUUGCUUUAUUUGUUUGCUGGAUCUAUUGUUGUUUUCUUGUUAUUAACAUAAUAUCAGACCUAGUUUUUUACA